AUGAAACUAGACUAACUUUCGAAAUUUUUCAAAAAGACUCACUAACCAUCUAGUUUAAUAGAUCGAAAUGUUUACAGUCAGCCAGCUAUGAAUGACAGUUAGGAUUUGUCGAGGUUCAAUUUUGCAGCAGAAGUUUCUAAAAUAAAUGAGAACAAUGACUACUUUCUGAACUUAGACGAUACAUAAAGAGAAAUGUUUGGAACUAGAGAUCCCAUCAUUCAGCCUUAGCAUGACGUUUUCGGUGAUGAUUAGGAAAGCUUAAAUAAUAGAAGACAAAUAAAUGCUAUUUAGUAAUAAUUUAAUGAAAAUUAAGAUAGAAAAACGUCAGCAGUUUAAUACGCAAUCAUAUUAAGAAAUUUAAAACAUUUUGAUUCACGAAACUAAUCUGAUAAAGAAAUCAUUGAAAAAUUGAAAAACUCUUUGCCAUAAACAUGUUCUAUUUGCUACUAAACUGUGCCAUCACUCCUAUUCUAGACCCUUCAUUGUGGUCACUAAUUUUGUUGUUUAUGCAUUAGAUACUACAUAAACUUUAACACAUUUUAAAAUCAAAAGAUUUCAAAACUUGAAUGCCCCACUUAUGACUGUGGCAAGAGAAUAUAGGAUGUUGACUAUAAAACCAUAUUAAACUUUCAUGAAUAUAAACAGCUAAGACAUUCCAUUUUCAGAUAGAAAAUAACGAUGUAAUAAAGCAAUAAAAGAUUUUGUCCUACUCCAAACUGUAAUGGUUUAGUUCUCAGAAAUAAGCUUAAUGAAAAGAAGUAGAAAUGUGAAUAGUGCAAAUAGCACAUGUGUUUUGAUUGCAAGUCUACUUGGCAUAAUAAUUAAUCUUGUGCUUAAUAUGAAAAGCAAACUUAUGGAGCCAUGAAAGCCUAGUAAAUUAUUAGAUAAUGCCCAACUUGCAAUACUGAUAUAGAAGUAUUGCAAGGUAACUGCGAUUUUUUAAAUUGCUCAUAAUGUGGAACAACAAUUUGCCUCAUUUGCAAUUUAGACUUAAAAAGUAGAAUACAUCCUAAAGAAUCAGAUUGGACUGAUUUUUACUAUUAUGCCUGCAAGAAUGGCAGGUAUCUUUCGAAAUAAAUGGCCACUAUCAAUUUCAUUUUAGUCCUAAUUUUUAUGCCAAUUGUUUUGAUAUUCGCACCAAUAAUUUUCGGUUGCAUACUUAGUCAUUCUUGUGUUUAUGGUGAUGAAUUCAACUAAAGAAAGUAUAAAUGGGCAUUGUUCUUGCUAUUAGGAUUUCUGAUUACAAUUAUAGCUUUGGUAAUUACUCCCAUUGCUUUUGGCAUUGUUCUCAUACCUGCUUAUAUUCUUCAUAUUGGAUUUUAUAUAGAUUAUUUGAGAUAUUUCAAAAAAUGA